AUGUCUUUGAUACCUUGCGGGAGUCUGCACAUUGGCACCAAUGAACCCCAUUUCGAGGCCGAUCACGAAUCUCCAGAGCGCGUGGUCAAGGUCCAAGAUUUCUAUCUGGACGAACACGAAGUGUCCAAUGCGAAUUUUGCCAAAUUCACCGAGCAGAUUAAUUAUAAGACCGAAGCGGAACGUUUUGGGGAUAGUUUCCUAUUUAAGACGCUGCUGACGCCAGAGCAGCAAACGGAGCUAGAGGUUUACCGUGUGGUCAACGCACUCUGGUGGUAUAAGGUCAAAGGCGUCAGCUGGCGCAAACCCAAUGGCAUCAACAGCAAUCUUCAAGGCUUGGAGCAACAUCCGGUGGUGCAUGUGUCCUGGCGCGAUGCUGUCGCCUAUUGCACAUGGGCAGGCAAACGCUUGCCCAGCGAAUCGGAAUGGGAAGUGGCCUGUCGCGGGGGCAAGCAACGCAAACUCUAUCCUUGGGGUAAUAAACUAAUGCCCAAGGAUCAGCACUGGCUGAAUAUCUGGCAGGGCGAGUUUCCCGAUGGCAACACCCAGCAGGAUGGAUAUCAGUUCACAUGCCCCGUGAAUGAAUUCCGUCAGAAUAACUACGAUCUGUACAACAUGGUGGGCAACGUGUGGGAAUGGACUGCGGACCUGUGGCAGGCGGGCGACACCAGCGAGAGUCCCGCUCGUGUCAAGAAGGGCGGCUCCUAUCUGUGCCACAAGUCAUAUUGCUAUCGCUAUCGCUGCGCGGCACGAUCACAAAACACCGAAGACAGCUCCGCCGGCAAUUUGGGCUUUCGAUGUGCCAAGAAUGCCUAA